CUGAACCCCUCAACGAUGGAUUUCGAAGGUUUUGAAGCCCUACUUGCGGCAGCUGACAUGGUUCUCAAAGGAGAAAUUGAGCCGGAACCGAGUGAGCUCAGCUACUCGGAUUCAUCCACGCUAACAGCUACCCACGGUUCGAGCUUGACGCCGUGGUCUUCCGACUCCUCCAGCCUGGCUGUAAAUGACGUCUUCGUGUCGGAUUGCUCGACAAUGACGGCAAUGGAACCAAGUCUCUGGAACCAGAGCUUGGCCGGAAAUCCGGGAGGAACGAAGCACGAAUCCAGGAAAAGGCGCUCUAUGCUUGACACCAGUGUUUACUCGGAAGCAUCAACCAUCCAAAACACACGGGCAGGAGUGCUAAUUUCGAGCAAGGGACAGAGUUCGCUGAAUAGCAGCAUCAGCAGCGGAAGUUCCAUAUUAAAACGCACACGAGCAGGACUCCUGGUAUCGCCACCAGUAUCAAACACCAGUGUUCGUAUGGGUAUGCGGAAUAGCUUCCGAGACACCUCGUUGGCGGAGCGUUCACUAGUGGACCAGCGACAGGAUCUGGUCAGAUCUUCAGCGGGGACGGUUUCUACACCCCGGGAAACAUCGAGAUACAACGCAAACACACUGCAGCUGGAGGGCGCCGGAUCAUCAUCCCGAAAUACUUCUCGCGUCCGAGUCGUCUCCAUGGCGGAGCGUUCGCUAGUGGACCAGCGACUGGAUCUGGUCAGAUCUUCAGCGGGGACGGUUUCUACACCCCGGGAAACAUCGAGAUACAACGCAAACACACUGCAGCUGGAGGGCGCCGGAUCAUCAUCCCGAAAUACUUCUCGCGUCCGAGUCGUCUCCUUGGCGGAGCGUUCGCUAGUGGACCAGCGACUGGAUCUGGUCAGAUCUUCAGCGGGGACGGUUUCUACACCCCGGGAAACAUCGAGAUACAACGCAAACACACUGCAGCUGGAGGGCACCGGAUCAUCAUCCCGAAAUACUUCUCGCGUCCGAGUCGUCUCCUUGGCGGAGCGUUCGCUAGUGGACCAGCGACUGGAUCUGGUCAGAUCUUCAGCGGGGACAGUUUCUACAUCUCGAUCCCGAGACCACUCCCCGCGGCGAUCACCGGUUGAUCAAAGGCAGAAAGUUGUAAAUUCAACGCCGAAUCGCAAGCAAAGUCAACCCAUCGCUGAGAUUUCUUUCGGUGACAUAAGCGUCAUCAGGAAUGACCAAGAUUCUAAUAAGUUCGCUCUGGAGGACAUGUACGAGCGCUUUAAUUCUACAACGAUCCUAUUCGAAGAAAGUGACGACGACGAAGACGAAGAAGGUGAAAAACCGGGCGAUCUCGGGUUUAACGACACGGCACCUGAGUGCGUCAAGCAAAAGCAACCAAAUCUUCGAGCAAUAAACCACAACGCACGUGUUCAGGGCAAAGAGUACAGAAAAGCGGACGGAACGGUCGUUCCUGCGCGUAGCAUAAAACCUGCUUGUAAGCAUCUGAAAUGUAACGAACAAUUCGAUCAACCCGCGCGGGAAAUGAUUUUGAAGCGCUUCCUGGAGUUAACUCUGUCGGGACAAAAUCAGUUGCUUUCUUCUUACAUGGAUAUCGACGUCACACGACACCCACAGGUCGUCAAUUCCAGGAGGCUUUUCACUAGACAAUAUUACCUGCCAAGUAACGGAGGACGCGCCAAAGUCUGCAAACUAAUGUUCGAAGCCACGUUCGACAUCGGUGACAAAAAAUCCCGAAUUAUCGCAGACAAGAAGCUGGCAGGCCUGGGAAUUGCAGCUGACGACUUGCGGAAGAACAAUACUUGCCACAAGAAGAUACCCGAAGAGCACAUCAACUUCAUCAAGACCCACAUCAAUUCUUUCCCGGCCUACAAGUCACAUUACAGCAGUGCGAAAACGGAGAAGCUGUAUCUAAGCUGCGACCUGAACAUCGCUAAAAUGUAUAAUCUGUACAUACAGAAGUGCAAGAAGCAGGGUCUCGAUGCAGUCCAUUACAAUUCGUACCGGCUAAUUUUCAAACAGUUUAAACUGUCGUUCAGAAAGCCCAAGAUGGACACCUGCAACACGUGUGACAAGCUGGCCAUUCGGCUCAAACUAGCAGCAUCGGAAACAGAAGCAGCGAAAGUCCAGCAUGAACGCGAGGAGCACCAGGGAAAGGCGUCGGCAGCGUACGCAGAGAAGAAGAAGGACGUCGCGGCUGCGAAAGGUAGUCCCGAGAUUCGGACAGCCUCUUUUGAUUUGCAGAAGUGUCUAGCAACGCCACAUUUGCUGUGCGGAACCGCUUUCUACUCGCGACAGCUGUGGACGCUCAACCUGACAAUUUUCUCGACCUGUAACGGCGUCAACGCAGCGCAUUGUCACAUGUGGGACGAGUCGCUUGCAAAAAGAGGGUCGCAGGAAAUAGCAUCGUGCCUUCUGAUGGACUUGUGCAGCAUGGACGAACAGAUCAAGUUGGUUACGUUCUAUUCGGACCGUUGUGGCGGGCAAAAUUUGAAUUAUGUUGUCUGCAGUACGUUCCUACAUUUUGUGGAACAGUGUCGUUCCGAGGGGCGAGACAUAACAAUUCGUCAUAAAUUCAUGACUAGCGGGCAUUCACACAUGGAGUGCGAUUCCAUUCACGCGUCGAUAGAAAAAGCCAAGAAAAAGUGCGCGGUUUCAAUAGAAACUCCCAGAGAUUGGGCUAUUUUUAUUGGCUCAAUCAACCGGAAAAUCCCAUUCAACGUGAUUGAAAUGAAACAGGAAGAAUUUCGCGCCUUGAAGGAACUGAAGCAAGUCUACAAACGUCCAAAGAAGGACAGCCAGGGCGACAAGCUUUGCUUUAAAGAUAUUUGCUUCUUCGAAUUCCGCUCUGCCUCGCCCGGCUUGGUGCACUUUAAGUACGCCUUCGAUGAAGAUCAAUAUCGAUGCUUCCGUAUGGCACAGGAAGGAGCGUCAAUGGCUACACCAGGCCCGAUUGCCACAGAACCCUUGCCGCUUCCAAGCGAGAAAUUGGAAGACUUGCAGAAAUUGCUGCCCUUCGUCACGAACAAGGCUUACUACGAGACCUUGUUGAAAAGUAUCGUCCCAAAAAAACGCGGCAGGAAGCCGCACAACAGUGUAAUCGACGAUUUUGAUGGCGAUCUGAAUGAUUCCGUUUUGUUCGAACACGAACAAGAAGAAGAUGACGUUGAUGUUGAAUAAGUGUACUUCUUAAGCUUUAUUAAUGACUAAAUGGCUCAUUUUGUAAUAAACUGAUCUCACAAUCGUUAAUAAUUACUUUUCUUGCAAUUUUCCGUAAAUACUAAUCCGACUGUCUUUGAUUAUAGUGCCCAGGAAGGCACCGCAGGAAACACCAACUUGGUUGUCGCAAACGUGUAUAAGUGUUAUCAAUUGGCACUCAAUGUUCACCUGCUCUCGAUUCUUAUCAAUCCAAGAUUCGAAUAAUUCGAAUUAUUGCUCUGCCUCCACACCUUCGGUUGGUCACGCAAGAAGAUUUAAUCUACAUGGUCCUGCGUGUAUUGUACUAGAACUUUGGAAUCUCCCGGAACAUUAUAUUUUGCCACGUUGACCUUAGAUUUGCUCGUUGAUAAAAUGAUAAUUUGAAAGUACGCUGUUGACAAACGGUGAAGAUGUUCUAGAUUCCGAAGACAUCCGGAUCAGGAA